CACCGAAGACAUCACAAACCAUCGCAACCCGUCCGCGUGCAGUCGUGUCGACUAUCUCGAGUGUUGUGAUCCCGUUGUGGUGUUACCCGUUCGAAAAGCCGUUCGAGUUUGCCUGUGCAAGUUUCCGUUUCCGGAUAGUGUGCCCGUUUAGCAGGAAGCAACCGUUCGUACGAAAAUGUUCAAGUCUAUUAUCUUCGUGACGCUGUUUGUGGGCGUGUGCUAUGCCGGUCUAAUCCAUCAUCACGAUCAUGAUGACGAUGUGUCCGAGACGGAGCAUCAUCACAACAUCGAGCAUAAGCAUGCGACGUCGCACCAGAGCUUCAAGUUUCACCACUUCCACGCCGUGCCGGUGUACGUGAAGAAGGAAGAUCAGCAGUUCCUGAAGCAUCCGGUUGAAAUUUCGGGCCUCAAGCACAACCUGAAGAUCGUCCAUCCCGAGACUGAGCAGCAUCAUGGCCACGGGCUGACGCUGGAGAACCACAGCGAGUUCGAGAGCAAGCUGCACGGCGGACACGGAUACGAUCUGGGCCAUGCCGGUUCGGAGCAUAUCGGCCAGGAGCACGGUUACGGUGGCCACGAGUUCGAGCAGCACCAGUUCGGCCACGAGCUGGAUGAGCAGGAGGAGUAAGGUGCAGAAUGGGGACAGCGCGCGGUCAUUACGUGCAUCGCGUGUGCAAAAUGUGAUAUAGUCAUUUAAUGUUUAAUCUCACCCGCCUCAUCCACACCCCGCAAGAUGGCUAAGGAUCCAUAAGUAUUAAUCCAUUUCGCUCCAGUCGUGUUUUUAGUAGCCACUCACACAACAAACAAAUUCCGAUCAUUCGAAUCAUGACAAAGUAUUAUUAUUCCACUCUGGAAGAGACUUUUGCAGUUGUUAGAUAACGUGGACAGAAAGUUAGAUUCAUGAAGCCUCAUACAGCAAUUGUGUGAGAGAACGUGUUUUCUCUUCUCAGUGCAAGCUGUUAAGGGUUAAAUGUUACUUGUUGUUAACCCUUAAUAUGACUCGCGAGAAGCUGUUCGCAUAUGGCACAAACAA